AUGUCACGCGAAAUUGAUAAAGAAUUUCGCCAAAGGACUUUUCGACUACUUGAAGCUUUUGUUUAUGAUUAUCUUAGAAAAUCUGGUUGCAUCGAAACUGCAAGAACUUAUUUUGAAGAAGCUCAAUUAGAUGACUGGCCACCUCCUUGGCUUGAACAAUUAGUGACUCCACCUAUUUCUCCUGCUACCGUUCCUCCAAGUUCGAGUAUCCAACUAGUCCAAGUAAAAGAAGAGGAAAAUUUGAAUAUUAAAUCUGAAUGUGUUAUUAAUGAUUCAGCAUUACCACCUGAAUUAAAUCACGAGGCUAUCAUAAACAGUCAUAUGGCUGGAAGUGAUUACUUUCAAUACUCUGAGAGAUCUCCAUCCAUCAUUUCGGCUACAUCUACUCAUGAAGAACUUCCUGACUUGCUAUUACCAUUAGAGGGUCAGGAUGGUUUUUUACAAGAUUGGUGGUGCAUUGUCUGGGAGAAUUAUAAAACCAUGUUUGAAAGACAAACUGGAAUUGAACAAGGGUGUUCUCCUUGGUGUGAUUAUAGUGCACAACCAUUUUUAUAA